CCCCACUUACGUUACCCAUGAUCAUGCGCCUUGCACAAAGAAGUUGAAGCUCGAUGGCAGGGGAAGGCUUCCUUUGUGGCGCGAAGAUACGACGCACGACGCCGCAACGCCAAGCCAAAUAGCCAAGUCAAGCACAAAGCGAAAAGCAAGCGAAGCGUUCAUCAUGUUCCGACAGGCCAGUAGGCGCAUGUCCAGUAGUAGACGUAAGUGGGGAGAGCUCCAGAAGAGGAGAAAUCCUACAUUCUGGCAUCCCUGGACUGAGCAGACUCGGCACGUCGGCACUCGCCAACCAUAACCGGUGUGUUACGACUACGACGACUCGAGAGUGGACGCGUAUCACGCACGGAACGAAACGGAAGAAUGGAAAGUAGUACAGGUCUGAUAUAAGUACGCAAUAUCUUCUUACAGUACAUACCUGGCCGAUGCCCGACUCGUAACAGUACCGAGGAUCGAUACAGGACAGGCAGAAGUCUCGCAUCGCAUACGAGAUCGACACGACGCCUGGCCGAAGUAAUCAGUGAAUCUAAUCAUGCAAAUAAACAAAUUUAUUCGUCGCACGCGUUUCCGUACAAGAGACGAUCACGCUCUAUUGAAAAAAUUCGUAAGGCAACCUUUCGCCGGUGUAGUCGAUAAAUUCUAUUCCGCGCGAUCCGAAGUGGAGGUGCAAAAAGAGUACGAGAUACCGUUAGAAAAUAUUCGUAAUUUCAGUAUAAUAGCGCAUGUUGAUCAUGGGAAAAGUACCCUCGCCGACAGAUUGUUGGAACUGACAGGCGCGAUAAAGAGGGACUCUAGGAAACAGAUAUUAGACAAAUUACAGGUAGAAAGAGAACGUGGAAUCACGGUGAAAGCGCAGACAGCAUCACUCGAUUACACGUACAGGGGAAGUAGCAGCAGCAGCGGAAAGUAUCUCCUCAACUUGAUAGAUACACCCGGUCACGUAGACUUCUCCGCUGAAGUACACCGUUCAUUGGCUCCUUGUCAAGGGGUGAUAUUGGUAGUAGACGCGAACGACGGUGUACAGGCUCAAACGGUAGCUAAUUUUUACCUGGCUGUCAAGCACGAUCUAGUCGUGAUACCGGUAAUAAACAAGAUCGACUUGAAGAACGCGAAUCCUGAAAGAGUGGCGAAUCAGUUGGAAACAUUGUUCGGUAUAAAGGAAGAAACCAUUUUGAGAGUAUCCGCGAAAUUCGGUACGGGAGUACCGAAACUGUUGGACGCGAUCGUCGAAAGAAUUCCGUCGCCGGACGCGUACAGGGACAAACCGUUCAGAGCACUGGUAUUCGAUAUCUGGUACGACAAGUACAAAGGAGCAAUUUUAUUGAUAUACGUGAAAGACGGAUCUCUGUCUCGAAGGCAGUACGUCGCUUCGGCGUAUAACAACGGGAAACGUUACGAAGUGAAGAAUGUUUCAUUGCUGAGACCGGUCGCCGAACAAGACAUAAACACGUUAUUCGCGGGCCAAAUAGGAUGCAUCUCGUGCAACAUGAGAUCCUCGAAGGAAGCAUUCAUCGGAGACACGUUGCACACGAAAGAUUCCAUCGCCGAACCUUUGUCAACGUUCACGUCGCCGAAGCCGAUGGUCUUCUCAGGUGUCUAUCCCAUCGAUAAAUCCGACUUCGAACGCGUCCGUGCGGCCAUCGAGAAGUUAACUCUGAACGACAGCAGCGUUUCGGUCUCGUUAGAAACCAGCGUAGCUCUCGGGCAGGGAUGGAGGAUCGGAUUCUUAGGUAUACUGCACAUGGAAGUGUUCAUGCAACGCCUCGAACAAGAAUACGGUGCGCUUUCCAUCGUUACUACGCCCAGUGUGACUUAUAAAGCGAAAAUCACGGGCAAGAAAAACGUGAAAAGACACGGAGGCGACGUGAUCUCGUUCAAUAACCCCGCCGAGUUUCCCGACAUACAAAUCGUAGAGGAAUUUUACGAGCCCAUGGUGCUAGGAACGAUCAUCACGCCAAGCGAAUGCGUGGGCACUAUAAUGAAACUGUGCCUUGAAAAGCGGGGAGAGCAACGUUCGGCAAAAGACGGAGGUUACGGAAGAACGAUGUUUCAAUAUCUAUUACCGUUGUCCGAAGUUAUCAUAGAUUUUCACGAUACGCUAAAACGUCUGACCUCGGGAUACGGCACGUUCGAUUACGAGGAUCACGGUUACGAGCCAACGAAAAUCGUAAAGCUAAGUAUCGUCUUGAACGGUACGACGGUAGAAGAAUUCGGUACCAUCGUCCACGUGAGCAAGGUCCGUACAACGGCCAGACACAUAUGCGAAAAACUAGUGGAUAUUCUUCCGCGUCAAUUAUUCGAAAUAGCGAUACAGGCUACGGUCGGUGGAAAAGUCUUAGCAAGAGAAACCUUGAAACCGUACAAAAAGGACGUGACCGCGAAACUGUACGGCGGUGACGUUACCAGGAGAAUGAAACUACUGGCUCAACAAGCGGAAGGAAAGAGAAAGAUGAAAUCGACCGGUAAAAUAUGUAUACCAAGAGAAACGUUUAUAAAUCUUUUGAAAAAGUAAUCGAAUAAAGAGCGUCGCGCGAUCGA